UUUCAAACUCCAGUUCAGGACGAGCGAUCAUGCCAAGUCAGACCUGAACAAGGCUGCCAGUGUGCCCUCUGCACACGUACAAACGUUUUUGCAAAAGUGAACCAUGGAAAACUCGGGCAGGCCUUACCGGGCACGGCAAGGCGGCAGGGAGAGGGGAGCAGGAACGGAGAGGGGAGAAAGCUGGAGGUCCCAGGACCAGGGUCGAGGACAGAGCUACAGACCAGAGGGAGGUCACCAGGGUGGGCCCUACCGGGCUAGUCCCAAGAAGGGAGGGCUGGGGCCCCUGAACUACUCGCCUGGUGGAUUCAGAGGUGGUCACAGCCCCUCGCAGAAGGAUGACCCCCGGUGGUUCGCUGGUCUUGAGAACAGUGGCGGGGGUCGAGAAGAGAGCUGGAGAGAGCGCUCGCAGCCGCACUGGAGGAGGAGUGCACCGGGAGAAGGUCCAAGGGACGACAGGGAGCAGGGGGGGAGAGAGGAUGCUGACGGCAAUGCUCAUAAUUCAGGGAGAAGACGGCGAAACAGAAACAAGAAUAGAGCUUAUGGUGAGGAGAACAGGGGCCCAAUGAUCGAUGAGUCCACACUGUCAGCCAAAGAGCUCCAAAGCCUACGGCAGGCAGAGCGGCGGCUUAACAAAGACGAGAUCUACUCCCUGAAGAAGAGGUCCCACAACAACCCCGGUGCCCUUUACACCUGCGCUCUCUGCGACGUCCUGCUGGAGUCCGUGUCGGACGCUCACCGACACAUCCAAGACAAACGGCACAAGAAGAGGGCCAGGGAGAGGCAAGAGCAGGUGAUGCUGACUGAGAUCCUGCCUCCCGGCCCGGAGCAGAUCGCCGCGGUGAGCGCUGCGCUCGAGGCCGUCGUCCGGGAAAACGGGAUGAAUGACCAGGAUGUCGAGACGAGACAAAGCGUCGUCUCCAUGUUGCAAGACCUCCUUCUGUCCGUCCUGCCUGAGAUCAGGCUCAGGCUUUAUGGAUCGUCUUGCACUAAGUUUGGAUUUAAGGAUUCUGAUGUCAACAUUGACAUUCAGUAUCCACCUCACAUGCAUCAGCCGGACGUCUUGUUGUUGGUCAAGGAGAGUCUCUCCGUGAACUCUAUCUUUGUCGAGAUGGAAGCUGAUUUUCAUGCCCGGGUGCCCGUGGUCAUGUGCAAAGAGAAAAACAGUGGCCUGGUGUGCAAAGUGAGUGCUGGCAAUGAAAACGCAUUCCAAACCACCUCCUAUCUCUCUGCCCUGUCCAGUCGGGAGCAUCUCCUCCUCCCGCUGGUUUUGGGUCUCAGAAGCUGGGCCCGGAUCAGCGAGAUCGACCGCGCCGAGGAAGGCGGGCUGCCUCCGUAUGUCUUCGCCCUCAUGGUCAUCUUCUUCUUACAGCAGCGCAAAGAGUCCCUCUUGCCUGCCUACCUGAAACAAGAGAUUAAGGGGUUUUCACUCAGCAGGCUGUCAGACUUCAACCUCGCGCACACAGAGGACGGACACGUGCACUGGGCCUACACCCCUCCCUCCAAAGACCCGCCAGCAGAGGGCUCCUGUAUAAAGGGAAAGGUUCCGCUGGUGUUCCAGAGCCCUCACCCUCCCGUGGAAGUUGGACUUCUCUGGGUGGAGAUGCUCCGCUUCUACUCGCUGGAGUUCAACUUGGCCGACAACGUCAUCAGUGUACGGACCGGUGCCGUCCUCUCCCGGGAGAUGAAGGACUGGCCGAAGAAACGCAUCGCUGUGGAGGACCCGUUCGCCGUAAAGAGAAACGUGGCCCGCACCCUGAACAGCCAGCAGAUGUACGAGUACAUCCUCCACUGUCUCAAAACCACAUACAAGUACUUUGCACUGCCGCUCAACGCGCCAGCUGGCGGUCCCAAGACGAAGGCGCAGCGCGGACCUGUCCGAGGGGCGAACGCCGAGGCUCCUGACGAAGAGGCCGCGUCCGCUUUAAGUCGGCUCGGCAUCCAGUCGCAGCGCGCAGGUCAACCCAAAGCUGCCGAUAACGGCCCCGAAGACUCCGACUGCAUCAUUGAGGAUGAAGAGGUCGAAGAGUACAGCGACUCGGAUGAGGAACGAGAGAAGGAGAAAGCGGACCCGGGCAAAAGCAGCCUAUCCGAGGACGAGGAGGACGAGGACGUCUAUGUGGACGCUCAGCACAACAGGCAACACCUGGACAGCUUCACCACGGAGGACGAGGAGAUUUUCCCAGUGGACGAGAUCUCCGGCGAGGAGCUCCUGUCUGACGAGGAGGGUCCAGAUUUGGACACGCCUGGUUCAAUGGACGAGGAAGAGGAUGUGGAGUUGGCGCCUGAGGGUCUCUCGCCUCCACAUUUAGAGGAUACAACUAACGACAAGAGUCCAGAAAAUAAAACCCAACAACAGAAGAGACGGUCUUAUGAGUUCACGAGGCAAGCUUUCACCAGAGGCAAGUCACACAUGGUCGUGUGCAGCUUGUGCAAGCGAGAUGGCCAUCUGAAGAAAGACUGUCCGGAAGAUUUCAAGAAAGUGCAGCUGGAUCCUUUGCCUCCGAUCACGCCAGAGUUCCUUUGUGUCCUCGACAAAGUCUGUGAGCAGUGCUACACUGACUUCGCCCCAGAUGAACUGGAAGUGGGUGUGAGAGAGCACAUCCUUCAGGACCUGGAGACCUUCGUCAGACGACAGUUUGAGGGAGCUCGGCUGCAACUGUUUGGAUCAUCCAAAAAUGGCUUUGGGUUCAGACAGAGUGACCUAGACAUCUGUAUGGUGCUGGAGGGGCAGGAGACCAUGGAAGACGUCGAGUGCAUCAGCAUCAUUGAAAGCUUGGCCAGAAUGCUGUGGAAACACCAAGGUCUGAAGAACAUCUUGUCCAUCACUACAGCAAAAGUACCGAUUGUGAAGUUCUUCCACCUUCGCACCGGCCUGGAGGGAGACAUCAGCCUCUACAACACUUUGGCCCUGCACAACACACAUCUGCUUGCUUCCUACGCCGCCAUUGACAGGAGAGUGAAGAUCCUCUGUUACGUCAUGAAGGUUUUCGCCAAGAUGUGUGACAUUGGGGAUGCUUCCCGUGGCAGCCUCUCGUCCUACGCCUACACCCUCAUGGUGCUGUUCUUUCUCCAGCAGAGAGACCCGCCAGUUAUCCCUGUGCUGCAAGAGAUUUAUGAUGGAAAGAAGAAGCCGGAGGUGCUGGUUGACGGCUGGAACGUGUACUUCUUUGACGAUUUAAAAGCACUUCCCAGUCGCUGGCCACAGUACAGGAAGAACACGGAGACGUUGGGGGAGCUGUGGCUCGGCCUGCUCCGCUUCUACACCGAGGACUUUGACUUCAGAGAGCAUGUCAUCUGUCUCCGUCAGCACGGCUGCCUCACCACCUUCAACAAGCAGUGGACGUCCAAGUACAUCGUCAUUGAAGAUCCGUUCGACCUGAAUCAUAACCUCGGUGCCGGUCUGUCCAGGAAAAUGACCAACUUCAUCAUGAAGGCUUUCAUCAAUGGCAGAACAGUGUUUGGCACACCAGUCAAAGCCUUUCCUCCAGUGUACCCCUCUCAGAUGGAGUAUUUCUUUGAUCCUGAAGUCCUCACCGAGGGAGAGGUGGCUCCUAAUGACCGCUGCUGCCGCAUCUGUGGCAAGAUCGGCCACUUCAUGAAGGACUGCCCCAUGCGUAAGAAGUCCAGACACAGACGGGACUCUGAGAAAAGGCCCGAGCACCUGCGAGAGACCGCAGAGGACGGCAGGGACCAGGUCCGGCAAAAGAACGAGCACUGGAGGAAAAGGGAUGUGCUGGAGGUGCGCUGCUGCUACCUGUGUGGAUCAACUACCCACAUCAAGAGGGACUGUCAGCAGUAUAGAAACCCCGCAGGUAACAUGAGGAUGGAAGGCUUCGCUUCCACCUCUUCAGCUCACGGAAGGAAUUUGAGAGAAAAAGAGCGACAGGGUUCACCUGUACGAGAAGAGAAGAAGAGAAAGCAAAAUGUGACAUUAAGUCCACAAGCAGGUAGUUUAGCCUCCCGAAACGUGGGUCGUUCUGGUCACAGGAAGAGUCCGGUGGAAUGAGCAGCGGCAGCCGUGGCUACGCAAACCAUGUGGUUCUACUCUUGUCCAGGCAGACAGCGACCCAAAGUCCAGAAACCAUUGAAUCUGAAUGGGACUGUUGGGCCAAUGGGAGCCUGUUAAAAGCCAAAGCCAGGACGCCUUCACUUGAAGCCAAAUAGGGCCUUUUAUGUGUUUUGUUUUGUUUUGUUCCCCCUUUAGAGCUCCUCUCCUCAGAGGAGCUUUUUUAAAUCUUUCAUUUUCACAAAAGAAGCCAUUUUGCAUGCACCUCAUGUCUUUGUUUACCUACACUGCCAGUUAAGUUCUCUUUUAUACAUUUAAAAACGAUGGCAUUGCAGACUAAAUUAGAUCGUACAAGUAAUCGAGAAGUGUCUCUCACGUGACUAAUAGUUAAUAGCUUGAGUUUUUUGCAGACUACUUGCUAUAUAUUUGUACGGUGUGUUGUCUGCUACUUUUAGUGAUUUAAGGUCAGUUAUUCAUCGAGAUGAAGGCCGUCUGAAAUUAACACAAGAAGUCACUUAUCGGUUCACACUUUUAUGGAUACAUUUUCCCAUUAUGUUUCCUUAUUAUUAACACAAAAAAAAAUACGAGAGGUUGUUUAAAAUCGUUUGAAUGGCAGUGUACGUAAUGGCCAGGAUAUUUUAAAAAAAAUUUUUUAAAUCAAAUUUGUUUUAAGUCCUGUUUUAUUUGGCCUCCGCACUGACGUCCGUCUGUCUUCAGCCUCAAAAGCAGCUCUACCCACAGUCUGUCUGUGUUUGAGAAACCACCCUGUAGAUAUCUUUUUUUGUUCCAGGGUCAUAGUUUUCUGUUUUUUAGAUGGCUUAUCCUCUCCUAUUUCAUAGAUAACAUGCCCCGCAACUGCCUGUGUGUAAACAGGACGGUGAGACUGUACUUCCUCUAAUAACCCGUAUGUGUCUCCACAGUCUAGGAAGUGUUGUGACUGUAGUGCGAGAACAUACAGUUGAAAGUUGGACAAGAGUUUCAUGCUUACUUGGUGGUAAGGGUUUUUCUUUUUCUUUUUAAAUGGGGAAAAAUAAAAAAAAUUAAAUAACUGGUUCAGCUGCCAGUGUACUCCGCUGCAAACACUGUGCUCACUUACUCCUAAACUAGAGGUCAUCUGUUUGCUCCGUGAAGAGAUAAAUGUAUUUAUUUGCCACAAGUCUUCAUUUUGUUGUAAUGGCGCCACAGAUUGGUAGCUGCACUGUGCGAGGGUACACGCUCUUUAAAUAUGUCGCUGCUAGUUAACGUCUCAAAGACCUGCUUAUCAUUCAAAUGCGAAGAUGGACCGUGUGGCUUUCUCGUUGUCCUAAUAUGGCUGACUUUUAUUCAAAGAAAUGUGUCGUUGAUGGUAUUGUAAUCAAGUUUGUCAUUUUAAAAGUAUCCUUAGUCAAACUCAAAUGGGAGGUCG